CGACGACUCCCUUGAGUUUCAAAAAUCUCCGUCUGUGUUGGCGAAUACUGCGGUGCAUUGUCACGCGCUCCAGCACUCAUCGAAGUACCCUCGUGCCACCUGCUGGCUUCUCGUCUGCUCCAAUGAGCGGGAUAACUCGGCACACACGACUCUGAUCGCACCAAACUGAUCUUAUAGCCGGAAGCCCACUUGUCCGCAUGUCCCCUGUUGAUCAGGCGCGCGGAUGUGAUCCCGCUUCUGCCCUGCUCCCCAGCCAAGGCUAAAUUCAAAAGAAUAUAGAAUCGAGCUGCGCCUGCCUUCGCAGUCUUUUUGGACCAUUCGCUCUGCUGCAUCCCAGGCGUCACGGCGGUGCUACGCAGCAACGCAACCAUUCCAAGUGCAAGAAAUCCCUGCUCGAGGUAACUGAAAUCAUCGCCAUACCAUGGACAGCUCAUAACUAUGGAGCAUGCGAUUUACUACAGACAGGAUUGUUUUGUAUCUUGUUUUACCCCUUGCCCACUCCACAGUGCCCCUUGAAGACGUAUUAAACUUCAUGCGUACAUGUUGCUCCGGUACUGUGGAAAGAUAAGGCAAUACGGAAACCAAAGCGAAGUACUCGUCAAUUCUGAUUUGCUGAGCGCUUUAAGAACGUGAAAUGGCAGAGAAGAAAUAACACCUGUUCAAGCUGCAAUUGCGUUUGGAUCUACACACAACCGCGAAGGUGACGGUCACGGUCAGAACCCGCAUUGCAACACGAAGUCAGCGCCGGGCUACCGGCUCAUUCCCUUUCCCUGGAAACGGACAGGCGGUCAGACGGAGGCACGUACCCUGCGUGACAUUGUUGAAGAGCCGGAUCCCAGAGAAAGACGUUUGGAAGUUUAGAAGAAAUGGGCUACACAAUUCGAGUCAAGAAACCCUGCCAUCCAGUAACAGCGGCAGGGAAAUUCUGAUCCGCGUUUCGUAUGACGGGAAAAGGGUUCUGACACCACCUGUUCUAUGGGACGGAAAUCGAUGUGAAACUAAGGUGAACUUCGCUUAAAAUCGUCCGUCCGUUACCCAUAGCAGCCUGUGGGACGCGCGUGCAUUAUCAAUUCCUUCCACGCUUUUCUAUGUGAGCGAGCGAGGGAUGGAGGAGGUACAGGUACCGGCUUGGGGAUUAUAAUUAGGACCGUCGCGCACGGAGGCACCAGAAGAAGAAACAUGAACGGUGAGUGCACCCCGGAGAGGGAGGAGGGCGGCGGGCGGCGGGCCGCCGGCGAGCGAAGCCGGGCUGCGGAGGCGCUGGAGUGCGAGAAGCACCACUGCGGCAGGUGCAAGACUUGCACCUCGCGCUUCCAUAAGUUUUUCAUCUCACGAGUGGGAGAGGACUGGAUCUAUCUCAUCCUCCUGGGCCUUCUCAUGGCCCUGGUCAGCUGGUUCAUGGACUACGCCAUCGUGUUCUUUCAGCAAGCACAGAAGUGGAUGUAUAAGGGCCUGGGAUAUAAUGUGCUGAUGCAGUACCUGGCCUGGGUCGCCUACCCUGUGGUGCUCAUCACCUUUUCUGCAGGGUUCACUCAGAUACUGGCUCCACAGGCUGUGGGCUCUGGCAUUCCGGAGAUGAAGACCAUCCUCCGUGGCGUGGUGCUGAAGGAAUACCUGACCUUCAAGACCUUCGUGGCCAAGGUCAUCGGCCUCACCUGCGCCCUGGGCAGUGGCAUGCCCCUGGGAAAGGAGGGCCCCUUUGUGCACGUUGCUAGCUUGUGUGCCGCAUUGUUGAGCAAGUUCAUGUCUCUUUUCGGUGGGGUCUACAUGGAAGAACCCUUUGAAGGAAAUAAGAACGAGCUGCGGAACAUCGAGAUGCUGUCGGCCGCCUGCGCCGUGGGAGUGGGCUGCUGCUUCGCCGCCCCCAUCGGAGGUGUAUUAUCUCUCUUCUCUCUGUGUGACAGUGUACUCUAGUAUGAGGUGACUCACUUCUUCGCCGUGCGGAACUACUGGAGGGGCUUCUUCGCCGCCACGUUCAGCGCCUUCAUCUUCAGAGUGCUGGCGGUGUGGAACCAGGAUGAGGAGACCAUCACGGCCCUGUUUAAGACGCGCUUUCGUUUGGACUUUCCCUUCGACCUGCAGGAGCUCCCGGCCUUCGCUGUGCUGGGGAUUAUCAGUGGAUUUGGAGGGGCUCUGUUUGUCUACUUAAAUAGACUGAUCGACCAGUUCAUGCAACAGCCAAAAAGCAUCAACAAGGUCCUGAUGAAGAAUCAGUUGGUGUACCCUGCCCUGGUUACUCUGCUGAUAUCUACUCUGACUUUUCCCCCUGGGUUUGGACAAUUCAUGGCUGGACAGCUGACCCAGCAUGAAGCCCUGGUGGCUCUGCUGGACAACCGGACCUGGACCAAGCAGGGCGUGGCUGAUGAGUUUUACUACAUCGGCCCCGUCAAGGUGUGGAAACAUCCGCACCUCAACGUGUUCAUCACCCUCAUCCUCUUCAUCAUCAUGAAGUUCUGGAUGUCUGCUUUGGCAACCACUAUGCCGGUGCCAUGUGGGGCUUUCAUGCCAGUUUUUCUAAUUGGGGCUGCGUUUGGUCGGCUGGUCGGUGAGAUCAUGGCCACCUGGUUCCCGGACAGCAUCCACCCCGACGGCAGCAUCUAUCCCAUUGUGCCUGGGGUGUACGCUGUAGUGGGCGCAGCGGCCCUCUCCGGCGCGGUCACGCACACGGUCUCGACGGCGGUCAUCGUGUUCGAGCUGACCGGGCAGAUCGCGCACAUCCUGCCGGUGAUGAUCGCGGUGAUCCUGGCCAACGCCGUGGCCCAGAGCCUGCAGCCCUCCCUGUACGACUCCAUCAUCCGCAUCAAGAAGCUGCCCUACCUGCCCGAGCUGGGCUGGGGGCACCACGAGAGGUACAGUAUCCAUGUAGAGGACAUCAUGGUGCGGGACGUGCGCUACAUCACCCUAAACUGCUGCUACAGGGACCUGCGGGACGUCCUGCUGAUCAGCCACCUCAAAACCGUAGCGCUGGUGGAGUCUACGGAGUCGAUGAUCCUGCUGGGGUCCAUCGAGCGUUCGCGGCUGCAGUCGCUGCUCUCUCACCAGCUGAGCCGCCCGCGCAGGCGGGAGUACCUGCGGGAGCGCACCCAGGAGCGCCACGCCGACCUGCCCCCCCAGGAGCGCCACGCCAACCUGCCCCCCCAGGAGUGCCACGCCAACCUGCCCCCCCAGGAGCAGACCCGCAGCCAGGAGACCCUGCUGGAGGAGGACCAGGAAGUACGCUACCUGAUCUCUACAGAGAGGUCAUCUCUCAGCUCCCAGAGGCCCCUGAAGUCUGUCCUCAAGAGGGAAAGCAGCCUCAAGAAUAUGGAGACUCAGUCCAGUGCUUUGAGGAGCUCCACCUCCAGCCUGCAGAAGGAACCUGUGGAGAACAAUGGGGGUUCGGCGCCCCCCGAGGGCCGCAAGCAGAAGCGCGUGAGGAUAACAACUGCGGAAGUCCCACGUGCAGAGGAUGACAUGACCUUAGCAGAGGUCGCCGAGUGGGAGGAGCUACAGCUGGCCGAGCCAGUCGACUUCAGCAACUGCAAGAUCGACCCCGCCCCUUUCCAGCUGGUGGAACGGACAUCGCUCCACAAGACCCACACCAUCUUCUCCCUGCUCGGCCUGGACCACGCCUACGUCACCAGCAUCGGGCGGCUCGUUGGAGUCGUCUCACUGAAGGAGCUGCGAAAGGCCAUCGAGGGAUCCGUGACCGUGAAAGGGGUGAAAGUGCGCCCCCCGCUGGCCAGUUUCCGAGAUAGCGGCUCCAGCAAUCGGGAGGCGGAGGCCACGGAGCUCCACAGGCUGUGGGACCGCCACCGGACGCUGACGCUUCCGCGGGAGCCACACCCAUCCGAACCCGGGGGCCAAUCGCGGCCAUCGCACGAAAAGAGCUCCGGCCAGGACGAAUCACAGCUGCCCUAUGUGCAAAGCCCCUCCCACAAUGACAGCAAAUCACAGCCUCCGUAUGACAGUAGCCCCUCCCACAAUGGCAGCAAAUCACAGGUUCUGUGUGAGAGUAGCCCCUCCCACAAUGGCAGCAAAUCACAGGUUCUGUGUGAGAGUAGCCCCUCCCACAAUGGCAGCAAAUCACAGGUUCUGUGUGAGAAUAGCCCCUCUCACAAUGACAGCGAAUCACUGCCGCUGUAUGAAAACAGCCCCUCCCACAAUGACAGCGAAUCACUGCCGCUGUAUGAAAACAGCCCCUCCCACAAUGACAGCGAAUCAAUGCCGCUGUACGAAAUCAGCCCCUCCCACAAUGACAGCGAAUCAAUGCCGCUGUACGAAAUCAGCCCCUCCCACAAUGACAGCGAAUCAAUGCCGCUGUACGAAAUCAGCCCCUCCCACAAUGAGAAUGAUCCACAGCUGCCAUACGAAUACACCCCCUCUUACAGUGACAACAUAUCAUUUGAACACGAUGAGGGACCGCAACUAGUGUACAAAUUUAGCCCCUCCCACAAUGAGUACAAAUCAGUGUACAGCUCCCACAGCAUGGACCAAUCACAGCUCUCGUAUGAACACAGCCCAUCCCACAAUGUGACCAAAUCUCAGUUGCCAUACAAGUACAGCCCUUCCCGCAGCGAGGACCAAUGACAGCUUCCGUACGAGCACAGCCCCUCCCACUUCAAGGAUGAGUCUAAGUGAGGGCAACCGAAAAAAGAAUGAUGAAUCCUCAGGGCUAGUUGAGUGAGCUCAUGAUUGUGUGUGUGUGUGUGUGUGUGUGUGUGUGUAUGUGUGUGUCUAUUGUACCUUAACCAUAGACAAUGUGUUGAAAAUGUUGUUCAUUUACUGUAAAUAGGACGUAGGCUGACAGGGCUUUGUGUGUGUGUGUGUGUGUGUGUGUGUGUGUGUGUGUGUGUGUGUGUGUACAGGGGAGAGGGGGAAUAGUGAGGGAGGGGGAGGGAAUGUAGACAUGUACUUAGGCAUAUUGCAGAUGCUUGCAGAAAGAGUUGUGCAAUGACCUACCUUAAAACUGCAGCAUCCAUUUAUUGAUACCAAACCAGAAGAAAAUAGUUCCAUGAAUUUUCAUGGCAAUUUCUGGUUUACUUAUAACCCUUUAAGCUGCGAGGCCACAAAUAUGAGAUUAAAAUGUUCUUAACUGAACAUUCUAAUGCUGCUGUAACAAUCACUACCGGAUAUUGAAAGCGAUGGAGUUCUAGAACACUGAUUUAGAAUUCAGAAGGGAAAAAAAAAAACUAUUCUUCAAAAGGUUAACUUUCAUCUCUGAUUUAUUUCUCUUCUCCUGAUUAGGAAAAAAAAAACCUCACGUUUAGUAGUCCCACCAGCUGCGGCUGCGCAGUCAGUCAGUGCAUUCUUACGCAUCAUGCGCAGCUGCAGCUGCAGCUGGGGCAGACAGGCAGGCGGCGGGCACCCGAUUUGGCUAGGAGGGCGCCGGGAGACCCUGCCUAGCUGCGGCUUGUCUCCACGGGGCAGGGCAGCCGGCCACUUCACACCGGCCCGGCCAGGACUCGACGGUGGACCGUAGGCCAGCAGUGUCUGCACAUGCUCCCCAACUGACUCCGCCCACGUCCACUAAACCCACCCACGUCUGCUACAUGUAGCACACGCUAGGCACUUUAACCAACGGAGCAAGUCCCUUAUACAGGGAAAUGAAUGAGGAGUUCACUCACUCUCUCUCUCUCUCUUUCUCUCUCUCUCUCUUUAUAUAUAUAUGUAUAUAUAUAUAUAUAUAUACAUAUAUAAUGUAUAGACUCACACAUUCAAACACUUACAUACAUAACUUUGUGUGCACAUGCACAUUCACAUAAUACCUGUACAUGUAUUUAUGUAUAUAUGUCUGUGCAUAUAUUCAUACACGUGUUUGUAGUAAAUGUACAGAACCGCAUUUGAAAUUACCACUAUUUUAUGUCGAUGUGAAAAUUAUUUACCCAGAUGACUGGAAACUGUACAACGGCAGAGAUUUACAUGGCAUAUAUAUAUAUAUAUAUAUAUAUAUAUAUAUAUACAUAUAUAAGGGGAAGCGCGUUCGGUGGUAGUGUGUGAAAUUUACCACCGUUUGAAUGGUGACCGUGUUGUGGCGGAUGCAUGAACUGUUUCUCAUAGACAGAGCGAGGGCUUGGGUUUUUUUCUUCUUCUAGUUUUUACAAUAUGAAAACCUUACUGUAGACUCUCCGGGUACUGCUUCGGGACCUGUAUCAUCUUUGAUUUCUCUUUCACUGUGGAUUUUUCACAACAAAAAAAAACAGUUUAUGUGUAAUAAAUGUCAGGAAAGUCAUCGGACAGCAAGCAUUUGUUUGUCGUGUAACAAUAACUAUUUAAGCUGUGCAAAACUUAUUUGAUAAAUUACAGUACUAUGCAUUGUCGAUUGUUUAUGAACACCUGCUACUUUGAAAUAGCUUAAUCUUACCAUAGAAGAGAAGUUAUUGCCAGAAAAGGCGAUGUUGCACCUGAAAUGGCCACUUUCUCAAAUUUGGCCUGAUAAUUGCUCAUUUUAAUUACUCAGAUUCAACUAUUACAUUACAUUUAGCAGAUGCUUUUAUCCAGAGCGACUUACAUUGUAUCCAAAUAUACAGCUGGAUAUAUACUGGAGCAAUGCAGGUUAAGUACCUUGCUCAAGGGUAUGAAGGCAGUGUCCUAACGAGGAAUCGAACCUGCGAUCUUUAGGUUACAAGACCGAUUCCUUAGCCAUUAUACUACACUGCCGCCCACACACAACCAAAGCUCGAGGGACACGUGAAGCAAAACGCUGUCCUUAAAAAUUGCGAAAAGAGGCAAACCCCUCAUAUCUGAGCAUCAGAGAUCUUUUACACAAUGUUAUCCGAGCGAUUACACACACACAGGUAAUGCAGUGCAUUCUGAGCAAUAACUCCUCAUCUCAUCAUUGCAAAAACCCAUUCACUAUGUCCCUGGAACAUGAAUGUAAUAUAACUGCUUAAUAACUGUCUAAAAAAUAAUAAUAAUAAUUUUUAAAAAACACAAUGUUUUAAGGUGUAUAAACUGUAUCACGUAUUUGUGUCCACAUCUCUGACCAUGCUACUUUAGAAGACUUUAGAAGACAGGGUGACAUAGCUCAGGAGGUAAGAGCGUUUGUCUGGCAGUCAGAGGGUUGCCGGUUCGAUCCCCCGCCCUGGGCGUGUCGAAGUGUCCCUGAGCAAGACACCUAACCCCUAAUUGCUCCCAACGAGCUGACUGGUACCUUGCAUGGCAGCCUUUCACCGUUGGCGUGUGUGAGUGUGUGUGUGAAUGGGUGAAUGAGAGGCAUCAAUUGUGAAGUGCUUUGGAUAAAGGAGCUAUUUAAAAGCAGUCCAUUUACCAUAUACCAAGACUCUGUUCGUACUCUCUGAUAACAAAAGGGUAGCUGUAGACUCACCUGUGUUAGUUUCUGUACAUACUGUACAUAUAAGCAGACAAUAGAAAUAGUGUUUUGUACAUCAGAGGUGAAUAAAAUGCAAAAAAAGUGCUGAAA